AUGUCGAAGCCGUCAAAAAGUGCCAAGAGGGCCAAAACGGCGCAAUCCGCCAGCUCUCAAACGAGUAGAGAGCCUGAAUAUAGCGUAGUUCACGUAGACCGCUUGUUAGAGGUAGAACGGCGGCGCAUCAAACUACCAGCCUGCAUGAUGGAGCAGGAGAUAGUCGAUGCAGUGAAGCACAAUGACAUCGUUGUCAUAACAGGUGACACUGGCUGCGGCAAGUCGACGCAAGUGCCGCAGUUCCUGUACGAAAAUGGGCUCUGCACAGGCAAUGGGAUUAUCGGAGUGACGCAGGUUAGGCGUGUUGCCUGCCUGGCGCUAUACCAGCAGGUGUCACUGGAGCUCAAUUCGAAAACGCUCGUUGGAUAUCAGUAUCGCUUCAACAGGGGGUUUAACCAAAAGCUUUGCAAAAUAAAGUUCAUGACGGAUGGCAUUCUGCUGCAGGAGAUCAAGGAGGACUUGUUGUGCUCCCGCUACAGCGUGAUCAUCAUCGACGAGGCGCACGAGCGGAAUCUAAACUGUGACAUUUUAAUAGGUGUUCUCUCGCGUGUGGCGCAGGUUAGGCGCGAACAGUUCGAAGCUGGUGUCCCUGGUGUCCAGCCCCUGAAACUGGUUAUAAUGUCGGCGACCAUCCGUGCAGAAGAUUUCCUGGAUGCAAAAAUAUUUAACGGCAAAGUAGCACACCUGCAUAUAGCAACGGAAUUUAAGCGAAAUACCAUUCAUUUCUCUCGCAGGACUGUCCGUGAUUAUGUCGCUGACGCACAGGACAAGGUGCUUAAAAUCCAUCAGCGGUUACCGCCGGGCAGCGUCCUUGUGUUCCUCACGGGCAAGGAUGAACUGCAUAGGCUAAAACGUCUGCUAUCACCGUACGAACAGCGUGCAGCUGUAGCCCCCACCUCCACACCGCAACAGCAAGAAGAGCCCGAAGAUGACGACGCAAUAUUUGAACUUGAGAGCGAUAGUGAUGCGGAAAGUGAUGAAGGAAAUAGCACUAAUGCCAUUGAUGAUUACGACGGUGAUGAUGGGAAUAAAAAUACGGAACCAUAUGCGGAUGACAGUAGUAAAACGAGUGAUUUGCUGGGAAACGUUGCUGCUGACGGAGCAUCCGCAACGAACAACGAAACCCAAACGGCGGAUUCCGGAUCAGGAAUGGGGAGUGGAUCGGAUAUCCCGACACCGAUACCUGCUAUUAAGGCAGAAAGGUGCGAUCACAAUGCAGUUGUAUUAAGUGAAAUGGAUGAAUCGACAAAUGCGUCAGACAGCAAGUCAUCAGGCGACAGGUCACAUGCCGUUAAGUCAUCAAAUGCAGAAACUGAUCUCGAAAAGAGCGAAAAUACAGAUAACGAAUCCAAUGUGGCUGAAAUUAGUGACAAUAAAGCUAUUGGUAAGGUAACCGAAGAUGAGGCUUCUGUGGAUGUGGAGUCAUUGGGGACGGUAAUAACAGGUGAGUCCGACACGGAGCCGGAGGAUGCCUCAGAAAACGCAUACCACGUUGAACUGGAGGUUUUGAGUAGGAACUACAAACGUCUGUCCGAUAUCAAGUGGCACGGUUCCGGAUCUGGAACAGGAGCCUUGCGCGUCGUGGUGAUGCAUGCUUCACAGACCAUGGAUGCGCAGAUGGCGGCGUUCACAUUACCGUCUGACAACGAACGCGUCGUUAUACUGUCUACAAACGUGGCAGAAACGGCUAUAACACUGCCCAAUAUCAGGUACGUCGUCGAUUGCGGGAAGGAGAAGCGCCGGGUGGACGACAUUUCUAGAGGUGUAUCUCGCUUCGUUAUUUGUGACAUCAGCAAGGCAUCCGCCGAUCAACGUUCCGGGCGUGCCGGCAGGGUGGGUAGCGGUCAUUGCUACCGCCAAUACACAAGCAGCACGUACGAGACGCUGUUCGACGACUAUUCCCCCGUAGAGAUAGCCAAUUGCAACCUCGAAUCGACUAUCCUGUUAUUAUCAUCAAUUGGAAUAGAGAAUCCGUACGAUUUCCCGUUCCUGACUCCUCCACCCCUGGAUAAUAUCAGGUCGGCGCUACAGGCGCUUGCCGCACUGGGAGCAAUCGAGACGCCGAGCCAAUUGGCGGAGAACCGACACAGCGCGCAGAACGAGGUUACGGCCAACCCGUUCAAAAUACCGCCAUCAUACCCAUACAAGACGUCCUACGAGGCUUUGGAACGGAUACGUGCUGCGCGUAUAACGCAAUUGGGUCGAUAUUUAGCCCUGUUGCCGCUCCACCCGCGCUUCGGCAAGAUGCUGUAUUCAGUUGUGUCGAGAGGCGCAAAUGCCGAUGAUUUGCGAACGGCCUGUUGCGUGAUUUCUGCGCUAUCUUUCGGGGCCGCCAAUUUGGUAAACCCAAAUAUCCCCGGAGGGGAAGACAACCGGAAGGCGAUACCAUCACUGAGAAGCGAUGUUGAGUUAUUCAUGUGGAUUUGCUGCAGGUACUCCCAGUCAACCGGCAACGCUGCAUCGUCAUUCUGUAGUCAAUACGGUAUAAACGAGCGCCUUUUGCGCGAAGUGUUCCAGCAAGCAGAGCAGCUGUACCGUGCCGUGCGGGCGUCGUUGGGCAACUUAGCGCAGCACCUCGGCGCUGAUUGGAAAAGUCGAUUGUCAACGCCCAACCGCAACACGAAGCAGAUUAUAGAAGCCGCCAUCGUUGAGUGUCUCGUAGACAAGGUGGCAGUGCAGGCGAGUCGAUUGUCCAAUGACGCUCAUACGGCUGCUACCAACGCGUACCGCACAGGAGCUCUAACGGCGCUGCGUAGGGAUGUCUUUCUUCCGCGACCAUACUCCCGCCACAAGCCCGAAUGCGUUGUUUACGUCGGACUGGUUGGCGACGAGAAGAUCAAGAUGCAAGACGUGCUGCCCACCGAUGCUGCUACGAUCUCUACCUUGCGGUCGCCGAUGAUUGUUGCUAAUAGCAUUCAUAAGGGACUGCCGCCAAGGUACAAUACCGAGCAGGAUUGCGUCGAGGCGUUCGUGACCAAGAUAUAUGCGCCACUGGAGUUUUCGCUAGGAAUUGCAAAGUCGGCAUUGAACCCUGACCACCCGUUGGCAACGCGGACCUUUGCCCAGCAACUCUGCCUCGGGAACGUGUUUCCUGUGCUGCAGCAGUUUGCUGGGGGGCUGAUUGUGAGUGAGGCUGAUUUUCUGGCACCAACAAAGGCUAACGGGCCCCUGGCGGCCCUCCUGCUGGCGUUACGGAGGUCCCGCGUGAGCAGCCGGGCAUCGUUUUUCGCCGCCAAACAGAAAGAUCCAAAUUUCUUGGUGCACGAAUUCUGCAACGUAAUGCGCGUAGGAUACGUGGAUCAUCAGGCCGUGGAACGGGCUUUCGGGAGCAUCAGGGAAGACAGUGUACGGCGCAGCCCAGGCGUAGCGCGGCGCGAUACAUGUCACACAUUUUACUAUUAA